ACUGACUGAGUGAAAUGGAAUAAGGCAUAGCCAGUGAUGACCGGCUUGUAAGCUGCAUGGGGAAUGGAAGUCUCAGCGGCAUCGGCUAUUUUUUAUCAAUUGGAAUUCGGUUGAAAUGCCCAUGGAGUUGGAAAUGCUGUACAAUGGCAAGAGUGAGCACAUAUUCUUUUAAAAUAUUUCAUCGACAAUUUUAGAAUUUUUGUGAAAAGAAACACAAAUUAAGAUGUUUAUUUUACAUCAAUAAAGUUUAUUGCGUCGAAAAUGCUAUUUUAAGGUAGAUUCGCAAUGAUACGUAGCGACCCCUAUUCAUUUUCAGCUGACACCGUCCACUCACUUGUCAAAUGUUGCUCUGUGAACGAUGCAUGAGCAAACGUCAACUUUUAGAAACGCUUGUAAUCGAUUCAACGUAUCGUAUUUUAAGUUUCGGCAAAACAAGAACAAACAUACAUUUAUUUUGAAAAGUUAAUUGUAAAAAAGACCUUGAAAAAAAAAAUGUCGGUGGUUAUUGAAACCACUGUCGGCGAUCUAACCGUGGAUUUAUUUCUGACGGAACGGCCAAGAGCUUGUUUGAACUUUUUGAAAUUGUGUAAAUUGAAGUACUACAAUUAUAACCUUUUUCAUACGAUUCAGGAGGGAUUUAUCGCGCAAACUGGAGAUCCAAGUGGAGAAGGAAAUGGUGGCGAAUCAGUGUGGGGUUUGAUAGAAGGGCCAGAUAAAAGAUUUUUUGAAGCCGAAUAUUUGCCAAAGAUACGUCACUCGGAGCCGGGCCUAUUGUCAAUGGUCAGUUUAGGCGAAAGUUUGAUUGGUUCACAGUUUUUCUUCACAUUGGGCUCUGACUUAACUUCACUGGAUGGCAUUCAUUGUGUCAUUGGACACGUCGUCGAAGGAUUGGAUGUGUUACGUACCAUCAACGAAGUGAUUUGCGAUAAUACGAAUCGGCCGUACAAAGAUGUUCGCAUUACGCACACAGUGAUUUUGGACGAUCCAUUUGAAAAUCCACGAGGAUUUAGAGAGCCAAGCCGAUCACCAUCUCCCAGCGCUGAACGUUUGCGAAAUGGUCGUAUCGCAGCUGAUGAAGAUGUUGAUGAAACAAACGGAAAGGAUGAGACCGAACUGGCGGAAAUGCGAUUGGAACGCGAAGCAAAAGCGCGUGCAACAAUUUUGGAAAUUAUUGGCGAUUUACCAGACGCUGAGAUUGCUCCGCCCGAAAAUGUGUUAUUCGUGUGCAAAUUGAAUUCGGUUACCACGGACGAUGAUUUGGAAAUUAUUUUCAGUCGCUUUGGCAAAAUCAAAGGCUGUGAAGUUAUUCGUGAUCGCAAAACUGGUGACUCCUUACAAUAUGCAUUCAUCGAAUUUGAGGAUAAAAAAUCAUGUGAAAUGGCCUACUUUAAAAUGGAUAACGUGUUAAUCGAUGACCGUCGUAUUCAUGUUGACUUUUCACAGUCGGUGUCCAAAUUACAAUGGCGUGGCAAGGGCCGAGGAUUCAUUAUGAAGGAUGGAAGUCAAAACACACGACUCGAUUUCAACAACUACAAUAAACCAAUUCGAGAGAAUGAAAGAGAUAGAGGCAGAAAUGAUCGGGGAGGUUAUAAUAAGCCAAACAGAGAUAUGUCCAGACAAAAUGAUAACCGACGAAACAGAUCACCAAGACGGGACCAAGUCAAUGAGCGGCGUGAAAGACAGCGGUCAAGAUCGAGAAGUCCGUACGAUAAUAGAAGACCACAACGCUCAAAUGACAGAAACACAUUCAGGAGGAAUUACUCACCGGACAGAAACUAUCGCAGAGAUGAUAGAGAUUCAAACCGACGAAGAGACGAUAGAGAUGCGACCAACCGACGGGAUGUGAGAGAGGAUAGAGACGUGGGUAAGAGAAGAGAUGACAGAAAUGAUAGAGAUGGAAACAAACGAUGGAAUGAUAGAGAAGAUAGGGAUUUAAGUAGACGGCGCGAUGACCGAGAUUCAAGCAAUCGACGAAAUGAUGCGGCAAGAAGGUAUGACAAAUCACGUCGCAGUCCAUCGAUCGAAAGACGAGUAUCACAUCGUAGUCCAUCGGUUGAAAAAAGAAAAUCUCAUAAAUCGGACAAAAAAUCCAACAAGAAAAAUAAAAAAGAAAAGUCGAAGGAAAAGGAUAAGAAACACAAGAAAAAGAAAACCAGCAAAAAACAUAAAAAGAAUUCAUCAAGUGACAGCAGCAGCAGUGACAGUGACAGCAGUUCAUCGUCAAGCUCAUCAUAAGACCCUAAUAUUGUUGAUACUUUGAACUUUUCAUUGGAAAAUAAUAAUAAAACUGUUGGCGUACAAAUUAUAGAA